UCCCACCAUGGUUCACUCUUUAUAAGUACAAUAAUUGCAGGGUAUGACCCCCCAAGAAAGGGAAAGCGAAGCGGAGAUGGAAGCACUCUUCUCCCAGUUCUCCUUCCUUGCUAACCAAGCCCUCGAGGACGAGAACUUCGAUCCUGCAAGAAUCGAGGAAAUUCUGGAUCUCUUCGAGCAAGAGGCCUAUGCGUCCUGGUCAUCCGUCGAGGCCGAGCACCAGAAGGAGGCCCAAGAUGCGAUGAAUUCGUUGAAGGAAGCCGAGGACUACCUCGAUUCCAUUAUGGAGGCCGCCAUGGCCGAAUUCCGGCAGUCCUACGACGCAGCCGAGAAGUCUUCGAAGGAAGAGCUCUCGAGCCUUGUCCAUUCCGCGGACGCUGCACGGAAGAUGGGGCAGUCCCUUGGGGCCGCAGCGGUUGGCUCCUCCGAGAAGUACUUGGACGCGGCCCUUUCCUCAGCCACGGCCACCAUGAAAUCGGCGUUUGCCACUUCGAAGGUCCACCCUUCUUAGAUGGAUGAUUAAUCAUACCACGCAGCUACUCUUUGCCGUUGUGUUAUGAGUUUGUUAUCACCUUUGGUUUGAGCAGAUGUCCUUUAGGUGCCAAUAAAAGUUAAUUAGACCUGUUAAAUUGUGGUGGUGAUGGUGAAGAGUCUUCCUUUCCACAUGGCUUCUCAGUGUUUGCUACUUUUGCUACCUUGGGAUGUUCGGAUGAGUGAAAGGUUCAGGAUGCCUUGUCUGAAUUAUUGUUUGGUGCAAAGUCAUUUUCUCACCUUCAGUAGAAUUAAGUGCAUGUUUGGGGCUUGCACUCGUCAAAAA